UGAAUAAUCCAUCCCUCACUGCGCGCUUCGCCCUUGAUCCCUGCACUGUGUGAUUGAUUCGUCGUUGUCGUCAUCGCCGUCGCCGCUGUGGGGAGCUUGCAGUGGUGGUGAUGGUGCUGGCCCUCCUGUGUCACUUAAGGGCCGGAUGAGAGCCGUGUCGAUGUUGCUGCUGGUGCUGCUGCUUCUGCCGGUUUUGUCUUCCUCGUUUCGUGAUGAGAGAGAUGCGGGGGUGGAGUGUGUCAGAUUCGGGUCAGAGACAUGUCAGAACUUGACCAGCAGUAACUGGAGAUGGUCUGCAGUCAGUGGCUAGCGCUUGCGUCGUUGCGCUGCCUGCUUUUGGGGUUGUAAGCAGGUGUUCUUCCCUCGGAGACCAGUUGAGCCGUCUUCGUCUUUGUCUUCGUCUUCUUCCUCCUCCUCCUUCUUCUCCUCCUCGUCGUCGCUGUUAUCAUGGGUUGUGUGCGUGUGGCCUUCAAUUAGUACCCAGGGGUUGGUGAGUGUAGCCGCGUCCAUUCAGGCCUGUUUUUAAUUGUUUCUGAGACCCCUUGGGGUUUGUUGUGCUGGUGCUGAGGAGAGUGUGUGCGCCUCGGGUAGGUUUCGAGGGUUGUGUUGGAUGGAGUUUUAUGGUUGUGUUGAGUGUUUGAGAAGAGGGGAAUUGGGAAAGCUCGAUUGAAGCCGAGUGUGUUGAAGGCUUGGAGGCGAAGGAGGAGCUUGGGGUUCUCUUGCGUUGCAACCAAGCCAGUAAUUCAUUCUUGGAAAGCCUCGGACGUGUUUCGUCGGCAAAGGCGGUAAUCCGAAUAUUAUCAUACUGCUAUUCAGAAAAGCUUUGGCUGCGAUCCUUGAUUGCAGUUGCUACUAAGCCGAAGCACUGGAACCCGCAGAGACUGGUUAGGAUGCAGUCAGGCACAUUUGGCGUCUAUCUGGACUGUGCAGAACGUCACAAGGACAUGGUUAUCUUCGGCACGAAGCUAAGUUCGGCUACAGAAAUUGAUUCGGUUUUCUAACCGGAAGUACAUCAUCUGGGCUGCAGGAAUCUGAACAAAUGUCAAAGGUGAAAGCAAAGACUACCAAAGUGGAGUUGCCUCUGUCGUGAUGCUGCCGAAAGAGAAGGCUCUGUUUCCAUCAUAGUUUCGUAACGUCUGUUGGUUUAAAUCUUCGACUAAUGUUGCGGCAUAUCACAUGCGCACAUCAUCAUCAUCAUCAUCAUCAUCCUAGGUUAUCAGGAGUUUGUGUUGGUAUCAGUUACCUCCCCCUAAAGCUUCUCACUUUUACAGCAGGUUUGCCCAACCUGUGGCCCAGGUUUGGCUGUGGUGGAAAGAGGGGUAGAACUCUGAAUUGAUUAGAAAAGAAUUCGGUGGGAAGUCUGUUAAGACGGCUAGGCUAUCUAUUCCCACAGAAUGAGUUUUGAAGCUAUCGUCAAGGUGUUUAACGAGUUUUCGUCUCGUAGUAGUUUUACUUCGAGUGAUUUGGUCGUAAAAGGCGGAGUCUGUCAUCAGAUAUGGUGAAUCUUCUGGUUGUGCUCUUGUGACUUGAUUGACGCUUUACUCUGCACCGGGGGCCACUUCAUAUCUGAAAAUCUGUUGGAGGGAUUUUGGUCCACACCUGGAAGGAGAGAUGGAUAGGGCAGCUCCAGAGGGCCUCUCCUGUCGUAAAGGCGCAGUUCUUGAUGCAAAGAUCUGGAACAAGCUGCCAGAGGAGCUUCUUGAGAGAGUUCUCUUGUAUGUGCCGCUUCAAACCCUUGCGAGGUUUCGCUGUGUCUGCACGAAAUGGAACAAGUAUGUACUAGAAGACGGUUUUACGGAUUUGCGGGAACAAGUCUCACCACAGAAGCCAUGGGUCGUGAUGACUUCAACUAGUAAUUCUAUGUUUGCUUAUGAUUCCGGUCUCGGUACUUGGCAUGACGUGCCCAUCCCGUUCAAUGCGUACAACUUGCACGUUGUCGCCGCAGCGGGGGGUUUGCUGUGCUUCUCCAAUGCAUGGUUCCACGGGCCAAGCAUGUUCGUGUGUAAUCCAAUGACUCAAAAAUGGCGCCAACUGUCACCCAUGAAUACGUGGAUGAUUUCCACAGUGGGCAUGGUGUACGAUGACGCCACCGCUACUUUCAAAGUUCUCGUCUGUGGUCGGCUUGAGAAUCACACAAUGAUCACAGAGGUCUACGACUCCCAAUCAGAUGGUUGGACCCUCAGCGGCACCCCAUUCCCAGCCCGGAAGUAUGGAGGUGAUACUUCUCUGUGGUGUGACGGUAUCUUCUACUGCCUCACAUACCCGUUUUCAACACUCUGCCUUCUCUCAUACGACCUCUCCCAGGGCACAUGGCGUGAGGUUCCGAUACGCAUGCCAUCACCAAUCAUGUCACCGUCUCUCGUGGAAUCCAGAGGCAAGCUUCUGUUGGUCGGGGGUCUGGAGGAGCAAGAAGUGUUUGGUAUUCAGAUCUGGAGUCUGGAUACCGUUAAGCAGGAGUGGGAGGAGCUGGAGCGGAUGCCCUCGCAGCUGUGCAAAGAGUUCGAGGCCAAGAUGGUGCCUAGCAAGCCCCUCUCGUGCUUUGGUACUGGAGAUUCCAUCUUUCUCAGCAUCCCCACCAAUAACUACAUGCCUGCUCUCAUGUUUGACCUCAAGCGCCGGACGUGGGAUUGGUGGCCAGUGUCUGAUUUCCCGGCCACGCUUCCCGCAGUCAACAUUGGCCAGUCUUGUGGGAUUAGCUUUGAGCCUCGCCUUAAUGCAUACGUCUGAAUUCGUAUGGUAAUGAGGUAGCGUGGUUUACGUAACUCUAAAGUAAAGAUAAACGGGGUUUUCGUCUGGGUUAAGUGGCAACAAAUGAGAUGGUAACUUGGGAUCUGAACCCGAGAGAGAUUCCAGACUUUUUAAAUGCAACAAUUGCCUCUUUUCUAACUGAGAGGGGGGAUUGUAGAUGGGUGGUGGUUGGUUCUCUUCUCAAUCCAACUGAAAUCCAGACAUAUGUGUUUUCCUCAUCAAGACUGCCGCCAUCUGAGAAAGACAAAACAAAAAAACAAAACAAAAAAUCCUUUUGUUCAAUGUCUCUUGGAUUCAAAUCCAAGUUCACCGUUUCUAAAACAUCAGCCGAUGUUUCAGAAACAUCUCAUUUUCCUAACCGUCGGUGGAAUCACCCCAUGAAAACCAGAUGUAAAGCUACAAACCAGCACAGUGAAUCAUUGCUAGAUCGAAGCGUGGUUGCAGAUAGACUUCUAUGCAUUGCAGCAAAAGUGUGUAGAUUCAAGUACUGUUGGAUUUUGUUGUAUCCCUGUGAAUAAGUUGCUCACAGGGGGGUUGAACUGGAUCUCUUUGUACAAAUGCACAGUGCUCAUCUCGUGUUUUUUUACUUUC